AUGUCUGAAUCAUCGUAUGAUCCAUCGCGGCGGCCACCGGCCAUCUCAAAGCCUAAGCUGAAAGAAGGCCAGUCCGUGACGCACCAAAUGCUCGAGGAUACAGCUUUCAAUCAUCCAUACUAUCUGGAAAAGACGGGGAACUGGUUGAACGUUAAAAUUGGGCCCAUUUUGAGAACUAUCAAGGAAUGCUCACAAUCAGCGCUUUUGGAAGUGGAGGCAGAUAUGGAUCCAUACAUCAAACGGUUCUCAGACCAGGGGGAACCUCUCCAACAGCGCACAUACGAAAUAUUUUUACAACGUUUAGACGCUUUAAGCGUUGACAUGAGCGACGAGUUCUAUUCUGUAAUCACAGAUAUGCUUUAUUCGACGCUAAAUCUCACUAGUCGGCGAGAUAAACGUUGGCUAUGGCUCUGGGCGAUGAAUGAACGCCAAAAAGCACUUCAAAAAUUAAGACAGAAGAAACUGCAACGGGUGGGCGACCAGGGUGAGCCGGUAGAUGGGGAUAGCCCAUCAACUGAUGCGCCAGGAGAAGAUUCAUUUGGGUCAUCAGACCCGGAGGAUUCUGUUCAGCGGAGGCGGAGGCAUUUAAGUAUUGCAGACUGUUAG